GAGAUACACUCAGUGCACUUUGCACAGAUCAGAGGGGACAGCAUGGAUACAAUCAUGACGUUACCUGUGCUGAUCGGACUCCUAGCUGUGUUAGCAACAGUGCUACUUAUCUGGCUGAGAGCUGGAAACAAAGAAAGCAAGUUUUUAAAAACGCUGAAUGAUCCCAGUGUUAAAUAUCCUCUGCCCCUCACAGAGAUCGAGGAAAUCAGUCAUGACACUAAAAGAUUUCGCUUUGGACUUCCAUCCUCCCAACACGUACUCGGUCUUCCAAUCGGUCAGCAUGUGUACCUGUCUGCUAAAGUGAACGGGAAUCUGGUGAUCCGAGCAUACACUCCUGUCUCCAGUGAUGAGGACAAAGGCUUUGUAGAUCUAGUCGUGAAGGUCUAUCACAAAAACACCCAUCCUAACUACCCUGAUGGGGGCAAGAUGUCUCAGUAUCUAAACGACAUGAAGAUUGGUGACACCAUUGACCUCCGAGGACCAAAUGGGCUGCUGGUGUACAACGGGAAAGGUCAGUUUGCUAUCAGACCUGAUAAAAAGUCAGAUGCCAAGGUGCGGACGUUUAAACACGUGGGCAUGAUUGCAGGUGGUACAGGAAUCACUCCAAUGCUGCAGCUUAUCCGCAGUAUUACAGCAAAUCCUGCCGACAACACCAAGUGUUCCCUCAUUUUUGCCAACCAGACUGAGAAGGACAUCUUGUUAAAGAAGGAGUUGGAGGAGGUCGUGAAGAAUCACCCUGAUAAACUCCAUCUGUGGUACACACUUGACAGACCUCCACAAGGUUGGAAAUACAGCAAAGGUUUUGUUGAUGCUACAAUGCUGAAAGAACACCUACCUGCUCCAGCCAGUGACGUGCUGAUUGUGAUGUGUGGUCCACCCCCCAUGAUCCAAUACGCCUGCCUGCCGAACCUCAACAAGCUCGGCUUUCAGCAAGAAAACAUUUUUUCAUACUAACACCAGUCGAGACAUUUAAAUAGAACAUAAACAAUAUGAAAACGAUCAGACCUGUGUGAGAGAUAUGUGCUGAUACAUGUGAUGUUUUUAUGAAAUUUUAGUACUGUAACCGAACUGAACUUGAAGAAUGUUUUGUACAUUCACCUUGGAAUAAAUAUGCUGUUAGACUGUGA